CACUGGUUUUCUAAAUUCUGUAAGAGUCUACUCUACAUCUUGUUUGUGUUUGAAUAAAUUCGAAUGAUUCUAACGUUAUAAAAAAUAUUAUUAAAUAUAUAAAUAUUGAAAAAUAUGUAACUUACAUAUAGAUAUCAUUUUCAUAGAACUGUAAUGAAGAAAUCAUUAAUGUUGAAGAAUAUUCGACAUUGGUGCCAACAUUGAGGCGUAUGAAUUGUAACGGAAUGUGUCGCCGAGAGAAACAUACUUCUAAAUACAAAUUUAAUAAACAAUCAAAAGGAUUGUUCGUUCAAAACAGUCAUAUCAAGUAUCAGAUUUUCAAAAAUCAGGAGCAAUUUUAUGAUAAUUUCUUGGUAACGGCAUGGGUGUUAAUCCGUUAAAGAAAAUAUGCCAUUGGGGGCCGCUUACUGCUCUUGGAAUUAUAAAAAUAAUCACUUUGAUGACAAUACAUUGUAGUAGACAAUGCUGGCCACCACAGGAGAGUUUGUUUGGAACAAUUAAUUUUAUGCUUUUCUUUUGUCUCAGUGGAUAUACACUCUUCCAUUUCAUCAGUUCUAUUUAUGAAGGGCCUGGAUUUCUUCCAUUAAAGUGGAUGCCAGAAAAACUAACAGAUACUCAAUUCUUACAAUAUUGUUCAGUAUGCGAAGGUUAUAAAGCCCCUAGAUCUCAUCAUUGCAGAAAAUGUGAGCGUUGUGUGAUGAAAAUGGAUCAUCACUGUCCAUGGAUAAAUAAUUGUGUAGGACACUUUAAUCAUGGACAUUUUACAGCUUUUUUGGCAAGUGCAGUUGCUGGUUGCUGUAUUUCUACUUUUACUCUAGUUUCUUGGGUGAUGACUGUAUUGUCUUUAAAACCAUUAUCAUUUCCUCCACCUUCUGUAUUUAUUCUAAUAGUAGUAAUCAUCAGUAUUGGUUUGUCAAUUGGUGUUGUCCUUGCUGUUGGAACAUUGCUUUAUUUUCAGCUGUUAGCUAUAGUUAAAAAUCGAACGGAAAUUGAAGCUUGGAUUUCAGAAAAGGCCCACUACCGAAGAUUUGGUACCAAAGAUAAAUUUAUUUAUCCAUAUUCAAAAGGAUGGCGUUUUAAUAUACAACAAGUUCUUACAUGGGAUUGUACACCAGUUGGAAAUGGAAUUUAUUGGCCUGUGAUCGAAGGCUGUGAUCAAUACACAUUAACACAAGAACAAUUAGCUCAGAAGAAAGACAAACGGAAGAGAGCUAAAACUUACAGAGUCAUAAAAGAAGCAUCUGGAUCAUGGGUGCCAAUAACACAUGGUUGGGGUGUACUUUGUCACUUACCUUGUACCGAUGAACCACGUAUUAAGUUGAAAGUUGGAGACAUUGUGGUUGUAACACGAUGGAGAAAGUAUUGGUUAUUUGGAGAAAAAAAAGAAGAUGAUCACAAUGAAAAACAUGUACGAAAGAAGGGUUGGUUUCCACGGACUUGUGCGAUUGAAGUGAUCCGCAAUCGAUAAAUGAAACGUAUUCUUCCGCCUUGUCGAAAUCGGAUUGAAACAUUCCUUCUUACCAUGUAAAAUUUUAACCUGUUUAUAGAUGUAUCGUUGAACGAACAAUGAUUUAUUUCUCUAGUGAUUUGUAUGCAAGUAUCAACGAUGGAUAAGUGUCUUUAUUUGUUUCAAUGGUCUAAUGCGCGAAUUUUCUAUAUAGACUAAACUUCGAGACGCUUCAGUCGAUGUAUUUAUUGUGCUAAUGAGAAACUUGAAUUUCACAAACGAAAAAAUUGGCACAAAACAAGAUUUUAAUAUAUCUUUACUACUUGAUGUAUAACUUAUAACUUUGAGUGUAUGUAAUGAAUAAAUCUUUUCAUAUUUUUGUAUAUUUAGAGGAAAAUUGUUGUGUUCAUUACACACUUGUAAGUGUAUAUAUUUUAAGUAUAACUAGAUUAUUGUAAAUAUUUAUAAAAUAAUAUGCAUUUUUUUAUUUGUAUAAAAAGGUGAUGAGAAUAUGUACUUGCAAUAGUCUAUUACGUUUUAAUUUUUUAUUUCAAUUUUCAUAGGCAAAAUGAAGGAUUAUGUCGAUUACUUUAAUGUAAAA